CUUUGAGGUGCUUCUUAAAUCAGGGACCAUCUCUCUGUCUCUCUGCCUGGCUGUCUUGUUAGGUUUUUGUUCUUUCCCAAAGCCCUUUUUUUUCCCAGGUCAUUGUCACUUAAAUACUAUAGCUUGAGCUCUUUCUCUCUCUCUCUCCAUCGCUUGCCGGGAAUACAUCAGCUAAAAGAUAUUGCAGUAUGCCGAUGCCAGCACAAGCCAUGCUGCUUGUUGUCUGGGAGAAGCUGCUGCAUCCCUGUGUGUGUGCGCGCGCACAAGUCUCUUAAAGGACCCUUGCUGUAGUCAAGCACUUAGGCUCCACCUGCAGACCUCGUCAUCCUGCUAACACAGCCACAUCUCUUCUUGCUCUUUACUCUUUUCCUUCCUCUCCAUCAUCCUCUCACCCCUAAUUCCUCACCUCUCUCCCUUGUUCCCCUCCUCUCUCAUGCAGUUGUCAUCUCUCGGUCAUUUUCAUUUGCUAAUGAUGUGUUGCUAGUGGUGUGGUGAUGUGUGUGCUAGUGUGAAAGCCCUGAGUCAGAGGUGUGUGACUCAUCAGUGUUGUAGUCGGAUGAGGGGAAGGAUCCUCUCUUUUUUUUGCCUUCCUCCUCCAACUACACUCCUGCUGGACUUGAAUCAGGAGAAGAAACCUAUUUGCAGGUUCAGGGUCUCCCACCAUGGCUGCGGCCAUCCAGGAGUUCCAGAGGUCGGAGUCAGACCGAUUAAAUGAAGUCAAAGGUCACCUGGAAAUUGCCUUAUUGGAGAAACAUUUCCUACAGGAGGAGCUGAGGAAGCUUCGAGAAGAGACCAAUGUGGACUCCUUGCGACAGGAGCUGGAGAGGGAAAGAAGCAAGAGGAUAGACCUGGAGCAGAAGAUGAAUGAGGUGCUCAAGACCAGGCUGGAGGACUCUCCACCACAGCCUCCCCGAAAGCAGCAGUCACCCUCCAGCAAUGGAACAGCAGACAAACAGCAGAAGGAGGUGUGGAGUUCGCGGCUGCAGAAGUGGCUGUACGAGCGCUUUGGGGUUUACAUUGAGGACUUCCGAUUCCAGCCGGAGGAAAGCACUGUGGAGACGGAGGAGCCGCUAAGUGCAAAAAGGUUGACAGAAAAUAUGAGGCGACUCAAGCGAGGAGCCAGACCUGUCACCAACUUCUUAAGGAAUCUCUCCGCCUUAUCGAAUUGGCACUCCGUCUACACCUCAGCUAUUGCCUUCAUUAUCUAUAUGAAUGCUGCUUGGCACGGCUGGGCCAUUCCCAUGUUCCUCUUCCUGGCUAUCCUGCGCUUGUCCUUAAAUUACCUCAUCGCCAGAGGUUGGAGGAUCCAGUGGAGCAUCGUGCCUGAAGUCUCUGAACCCAUGGAGCCUCCAAAGGAAGACUUGACCGUGUCUGAAAAGUUUCAGCUUGUACUUGAUGUUGCACAAAAAGCACAGAACCUUUUUGGUAAGAUGGCGGAUGUUUUAGAGAAGAUAAAGAAUCUGUUCAUGUGGGUGCAGCCAGAGAGCACUCGGAAACUUUACAUCUGCCUGUGGGUGGCUUUCAUCUCCUCCUGUGUCCUGCCAUACAAACUGAUGGGUUUCAUGAUAGGCCUGUAUGCUGGCAUCAAGUUCUUCAUCAUAGACUUCGUCUUUAAGAGCUGUCCGAAGCUGCGCGACAAGUACGACACGCCUUACAUCGUGUGGAACAGCCUUCCCACCGACCCACAGCUUAAAGAGAGGACCAAUGCUACACUGUCGCGGCGGCUCUCUGGCAUUGAGAAGGUUCAGCCAGUGGUCUCUCGCAGCAGCCUCUCCACGGUGCCGUGUGGCGUGAGCCGAGACGAGGAGACUGGUCGCUCCCACAGCACCAAGAAGGGAGCCUUUCAUGAGAUUUUCAACCUGUCGGAGUCAGAGCGCCCUCUGGCGGUGUGUGAGAAUGGCUGGAGGUGUUGCCUGAUAAACAGAGACAGGAAGAUGCCCACAGACUACAUCAGGAACGGAGUGCUUUACGUCACAGAGAAUUACCUCUGCUUUGAAAGCUCCAGCUCCAGAUCCAGUUCCUCUAAAAAGAAUAAAGUUAUCAAGCUGGUGGACAUCACUGACAUACAAAAGUACAAAGUGCUGUCAGUUCUCCCAGGAAGUGGGAUGGGCAUCUCCAUAGCCACUCCCUCCACUCAGAAGCCAUUGGUGUUUGGUGCCAUGAUCCACAGAGACGAGGCUUUCGAGGCCAUCUUCACACAGUACAUGAAGAUCAUGACGUCCACCACCAAACCAGCAGCCAGCGCAGAGCCCUAAGACAUUCUGCCCCCCGCAGUUCUGCUCCGCUCUGCACUGCGGCUGAAGUCUUGAGAGCCUCCUGACUUUCUACUGGACUGGAAGACACAACAAACUUUGGCACACCACACCCCUCUGCUCGGCGAGCACCUGCUCCUUCUGAUUGGUGGCCUCCCCCACCGUCUUUGCCGCGCCUUUUGGGGAAAUGAGGGUGAAGUCUGGCAAACGUGUGUUGGGUCAAUGGACAGCAUUUGUGUUGCAGGAGCGAGGAGCUGAAAGUGUGGUUUGAAUCCAUCAGCAGAAGGCUGGCGAGGGGGCUGGAUCCCCCACCACGUGACUGAUCACCUGAUUGGAUGACUGGUUUCUGACUUACAUGUUUCAGUGUUUGCAUGUUUGAGCGUAUGUGUGUGCGUGUGUGUGUGUGUGUGUGUGUCUUUUGCUAUAAAAGGAAGAUUUUAAAUAUGUCGUGAAACAAAUAGGAGACAAACAAAUAACCGUUAUAACUGCCAGGUAUCUAUCAUAUAUUUGAGUUCAGCUUCAUGAAUGAGAGUAAAAAAACAAACCACUGAGGAAAUAUUUAGAUGUGAAACUAACAGAUUUUUAUUUUAAA